AUGGUCAAUGGUCAAAUGAUUUUCUUUUUCUUUUUCCCACAGGUCACCCAGAUGUUGAUUGGGAAAGAUAAUUCCACAUCUGGAGGAGGCUUCAUCUUGGUGGGCUUCUCCGAGCAGCCAGGGCUAGAGAGGAUCUUAUUUGUGCUCAUCUUGAUAUUCUACCUUCUAACACUCAUGGGCAAUGGGACCAUCAUUCUGGUCUCACGCCUGGACCCCCAUCUCCACACCCCAAUGUAUUUCUUCCUCACUCAUCUCUCAUUUAUUGACCUCACUCUUGUGACCUGCAUCAGCCCCCAGAUGUUGUUCAACCUUCAGGGACCAGACAAAUCCAUAAGUUUUGUUGGAUGUGUGGUCCAGCUUCUCAUCACGGUGGGUGUGGGGAUCACUGAGUGUGUCCUUCUGGCCAUGAUGGCCUAUGAUCGCUAUGUUGCUAUCUGCCAGCCCUUGCAUUAUUUCACACUCAUGCCUCCACAGCUGUGCUGGGCACUGGCCGGCAUAUCCUGGUUUCUUGGUUUCAGCACCUCAUUGAUCCACACCCCUAUCACCAUGACCCUUCCCAGAUGUGGGCACCACCGGAUAAACCAUUUCUAUUGUGAGACACCCCCAAUGAUGGAGCUGGCCUGUGUGGACACCACAAAUUACAAGAAGGAGAUUAUGAUCCUAAGUAGCAUCUUCCAUGUCUUUCCUCUAUCACUGAUCUUGGUCUCUUAUGGGCGAAUUGCCCAUAAUGUUUUGAGGAUAAAGACAUCUGGUGGGAGACAGAAGGCCCUUGGGACCUGUGGCUCCCAUCUUACGGUGGUGUCUAUUUUCUACGGUACUCUCAUCUAUGUGUACAUGACUCCAAAAUCAAAGUCCUCUCAGGAUGUGACCAAGUUUGUAGCACUCUUAUACAAUCUCAUUCCACCUUUUAUCAAUCCUGUAAUCUACACUUUGAAAAACAGAGAUGUCAAGGAAGCAAUAAGGAAGCUGGUGAUGCAGAAACAAAAAGAGAAGACAUAG